CUUUACUCAUUUGCACAGAAAGCAGCCACCAUUUCCCGAAAUCUGAUCGUUUCGGUGUUUUUAUCGGCGAGUUUUUAUAACGAAAUGCGACAUUAUCGCGGAUUUUAAAGUGCCAGAACUAAGUCAGCGACAAGUCCGUGCAAAGCAACUGAGCCAACAUGGGCGACCGACGAAUAGGAACUGUAGCUGUGCCAUCCUUGUAACUUUUCAUUCAGGACAUCUCAGAAGCUCUUAAUUGUCUUUAAGGAAGUCUUAAGCUAGGUUAUCUUGUAAGGAGCUUGUAAGGACUGUUAGCUACACGAUGGCGACUGCGCCGGACACCCAGAUGAGGGGAGAGCAGAAAGAGAAGGGGAACAAACGGCGCAGCCUGUUCGGGCGUCGGAGCCGCAGCAGCCGGAGCGGGAGCGACUCGGAACCGCCCGUGGCCAACAACAUGGUGUCCCCGCCGACCCCCGGGGGUGGCGCGCGCCAGCUGGAGUUCAACCAGGCCAUGCACGACUUCAUGACGAUGUUCCCGAGUAUUGACCGGGACGUGAUCGAGGCCGUCCUGCGGUCGAACAACGGCGCGGUGGACGCCACCAUCGACCAGCUGCUGCAGAUGAACGCAGACAACAAGGAGGACGGGGAGAUCUACUCUGACGAGGACGAGGAUGAAAUCCCCCCUGAGGUUCUCCAGCCAGACUCCAGUGAUGAUGAGCCCCCUCCAGUGUACACCCCUCGAGCAGACCCCCCUCCGAGUUUCUUUGCAUCCCAGGGUAUCCCCACCCCUCCCCCCUCCUCCUCCCCCCUGUCCUCCCCCAUCCACCUGGUCAUGACCGGCAAGGAGCUGAAUGUGUCAGGGUCUGGUGGGAGUAAGCCGUUUAGGAACUGGAACCCGCCACUCCUCGGCCAGCUUCCUGACGACUUCCUGAGAAUCCAGCCAACUCCAGAGCAGCUGAAGGCACAGGGCAUCACUGUCUCCCCUCCGAAAUCUCCACAGAAAAUCUCCUCCCCAAAACAGAAACAGGCUCAUGCAGAAAGUGGCCAUAUAGACAAGGACCUGCAGCAGUACCUGGAGGACGAGAGAAUAGCCCUGUUCCUGCAGAACGAGGAGUUCUUACGGGAACUCAGGAGGAACCAGGAGUUCAUCAGUGCUUUAGAAAGAGAUCGGUUACGUGCGACGAGACACAGCUCCCUGGGUACAGAGACUGGAGACCCUCUCCCUCCCCCUCCUCCUCCACCUCCACUCGACAGUAAAGACUUAAAUGGUCCGAUGCCUCCGUUGCCGCCCGUCCAUGAGAACGGCGGGUUUCACCAUGGAGACGGACUGGGAGCAGCAGGAGGGGCCUUCAGGGACGAUGACGCCAUGUUUAAGGAGAGGCUGAAGCACAUGGGCAAAUCCACAAGAAAGAAGUUCAAUGAGCUGGCUAGGAAAUUCUCCAGGAGAGGAAGACCCAGUGGAAAACAACUUCUAAGUAACUCGUCUGCACCCUCCACAGCCAAUUUGUUAGAGGAAGAAGAGUAUUUAGAUGAUCACGAUGAACAUCACAGGGAGAGACAUGAGAGGGAAAGAGAGCGACCAUUUAUAGAGCCCCUGCCUGGAGCAGGGGCGGCAGCAGUACACAGACAACAGCUGAUGAGACAGAAGUACGGCCUCACCAGUAACCAUGGUAACACGGAACCCAUCGUGUUCUACCAAGAGGACGACCAUUUCCAGAUGAAGGAGUGGUGAACAAAGCUACCCAACAAUCGUAGCCAUUAUAAACCAUUGUAUAUAGGAUUCCGUAUACUCGACUUGCAUAAUAUACAUGUACGACUGCAGUGUUCCCAAGCAGUCAAGGAAAAGACAAUUUGCGUAGAAAAACAGGAUACAAUAUCUGGAAAAGCUUACAGUACUUUCUAUUCAGAACCUUCAAAUACUGGUUAUGUAGACAGAAUUGAAGAUCAGAAGCAAAAUUUCUUGCCAGUGAUACAGUUGUACUAUUGUUGGCGAGGCUGUGUUUUAGCCAUUUGGGGUUGGCAGGCAAAAUAGUUUGGCAAGCCACCUUUUACCAGACUGGCAGAGCUGGUCUAGCAAUAUCUACUAGUAUAUUAACCAGGAUAAAUUUCAAAUCUGCCAAAACAAAACACUUGCCAAAAUUUUACCUUUUACAGUAAGUGCACUGUGCUGCAAGUGAAUCAGUAAUGUAGGGAUUAUAACUUAAUUAUAAGCGGCUGACUU